CGGAAAGCGCGCAUCUACCGAAUUCCUCUUCGAUCGCGAUCGAUCGUGACCAUCGAUCGAAAUGACGCGAAACGCCCCGAAUUUCGUCCAUUGAACGCAGUAUCUUGGGAACGGGUAAUAAUGUAACAGGAACGAGAGUGUAGUCGCUGUUGAUAGUGAAAAUCGUGAAAGAACAAUUGAUCGUAAUUGAAAUUCUUUCUUCCGACGGUGCAAGCAAUGUCGGGCUCGUAACGUGCCAGACUCACAAACCGUAAGUUGCAGUUGUACGAAAAUACUCGCCCGUGAAGGAGCAUCCAGAGAAGUCCACCAUGGAGACUACUACUAUUAACAUUACAGAGUACGGAGAGUACUGGGAGGACCUUGAAGAGGAACCUGAGCACGGUUUCAAAGUAACACCUCUUAAUCUCGCCAUUUUCAUUAUGCUAUACGGGAGUAUAUCUAUUUUAGCGAUAUUGGGAAACUUUCUUAUCAUGUGGAUAAUCGCAACAACUAGACAUAUGCAGAGUGUCACAAACAUUUUUAUAGGGAACCUAGCAUUAGCGGACAUCGUCAUAGCUUUGUUCGUGAUUCCAUUUCAGUUUCAAGCAGCCCUGCUACAAAGAUGGAAUCUACCCUACUUUAUGUGCCCCUUUUGUACAUUCGUGCAAACUCUCUCUAUCAACGUUUCAAUUUUUACACUGACGGCAAUCGCAAUUGAUCGACAUCGUGCAAUAUUGAAACCCCUCAGAGCAAAGCCAAGCAAAUUAACGGCCAAAAAAAUCAUCGUCGGAAUUUGGGUACUCGCGGGAAGCUUGGCAGUGCCAACGGCAAUUGCACAUCGUGUCAUUAUGAUAAAAGAUCAUGAAUCUGAAGAUGUAGAGAAAUUGAAACCGUACUGCCGGGACAUAAAUAUCUCCAGGCCUUUGAUGACACUUUACACAGGAGCAUUGAUAGUUUUGCAAUAUCUAAUACCGCUUUCAAUUAUAUCCUACGUCUAUGCAAGAGUGGUAUUGAAACUAUGGGGCAACAAAGCACCUGGAAACGCGGAAGAUUCUCGAGAUGCAAAUCUGCUGAGGAAUAAAAUGAGGGUCAUCAAAAUGUUGAUUAUUAUCGUGACCCUUUUCGCAAUUUGCUGGCUGCCUCAACAAAUGUACAGCAUUUUCCAAUAUCUGUUUCCAAAAAUAACCCUAUACGAAAAUAUCCAUUACAUAUGGUUUUUUCUUCAUUGGCUGGCCAUGUCGAACAGUUGCUACAAUCCAUUCAUCUAUGGCAUAUAUAACAAAAAAUUCAAGAUGGAGAUCAAACAAAGAUAUCCUUUCAAAUUGCUUAAAUGGUCAACGAAUUCAUCGAACGAUAACACAGACACGAAUAAAACGCAAAGCACGCGCACUUCCAUUAGAUAUGAGUGGAAACGCGCAACUUUAGGCAGUAAUCCGACCGUGUCAUCUUUUUCAAGAGGCGUACCGACAAGAAAAUCAAACAAUUCGUUCGUCGAUGAACAUCAAACGUCUGUACAAAGAAAAAAGGGUAUCGGCAAUCAUACGCGUGAUAGCCAAGAGAAUCAUAGCUCGAUGCCAUCGAACAAAAACGAAGAAUUAUGUGUUUUUCCAUCAGAGAGACAACCACAAAAUCCCGAUUUGGAAGAAUUGUGCCUGUAGAACUAGAAAUUAGAUGAGUCGAACAAUUGAAUGAAAUAGCGCCAGUGGCAAAAGAAAAUGGCAUGUUAAAAAUGUGAACUCCGUGAUUCGUUUGUGUAUGUAAGCCAUUCGUUAUGAAAAUGAUGUAAAUCCAUUUAUCUCUGUUUUGGUGACUGCUAAUUUACUUAUUGUAUGCGUUUGGCGAUCGCAGAUAAAUAAAUUGAUCGAGUGUUUAAAAAGUAUAAACAUUAAGAAAAAUAAUGUCUUUUGUGACUACAAAUGGAGUUACAGCCACUUUCAUGAUUAUCGAAUUUUAAAAAUGUGAACUUGCAACAAUAUUUCAGCCAAGACACUGGUGCAGGUUGUAUGUAAUUUGUUACACUCUCUGUGAGGUAAUCGAAUGUAUUUGAACGGAGAUUUUAUGAAAAAAUAGGUGACCCUCGAUAUAAAAUUUUAUAUUUUUACACCACUUUUGUAACGAAAGGCUCAUAUUGUGGAUACACAAAAAUACAUCAAUUAUCUCUUCCAUAGCUAACGAAAUAUUAAUAAAUUAAUUUGUCAUUAUUUUAUUCUACUUAUUUUGAUUCUUGCUUAUACUCAUCACUGACAAAAAAAAAACAAAAUUUUUGUAUCGACUAAUAAUUAUUAAUUGUACUUACAAUUACUUCGUACUUAUUGUUUUAAUAACAUAUACUUGCCCUGUACAUAUGUGAAUAUCACGAAUAUCAUGAAAUUUUUAUUAAAAUACUUAAAAUAUUUAUAUCUAAGUCGCUCUUCAUACUUAACGUAAAAUGACCAAAAAUUCGACAAUGGACUAUAAUAAUAAAACACGUAGAAAUAUUUAAUUGCAGGAAAGAUAUAACGAAUAGGAUACAAAAAUUAUAUACGACGGAUUAUUGUAAUUAUGUUCCUUUGCAAAAUUUUUAAAGAAAUUAUACUAUUUUAAGCUUGUAUUAUAUAAUGUAUUCAAUUUUCUUUCCUGCGCCUAUAUUUAACGAGAAAACGAAUCAUCGAGACGAAUACCUAAGUGAAUGAAAAAAUGUCACAAGGCUAUGACAAGAUAGAGGUUAGAAUAAAAAUAGCAAGAAAUAAACACUUCUCGAAAUUCCGGGUGAUAUUUUUAGGAUUUCAUGCACCCCUAGUUAUUAAUUAAACAGUUAUGCAAAUUUUCAAAAAUUACUUUCACAUGUUCCAGCAUACUUCACACAUCUUUAAUAUCAGAAUUACUUUCCACCUUCGAGUUAGCAGUUAGAAAAAACAUUAAAAAGCAUUAUCAAUGUAUGUGAUAUAAUCUUAAAACUGUUUCAUAAUACAGUAAAAAAAAUUAUAGGGCAACUAAAUUAUCAUUAUUGUAGCUACAACAAAUAUAAUUCGUUAUAAAAUGAUAAUGAUAAAAGAAUGGUAAAUGUUACAUAACAAAUGAAAGAUCUAUUAUAUGUAUACUAUCAAAUGUAUUCCAAUUGCUCGUGUAUUCACAUCUUCUAUAAAAUUAUAAUGAACAGGGUAAUGUAGAUUGUAAUGUAUAAAUCUACUUCUUCAAAUAUCCAUAAAUACCACAAAAAUAACAAAUAACAUGUAUGUAAUAUCAUUCGAAUAUAGAAAAUAAAUAUCGA